GUGAGACCCGAGAAAUCGUGGUGUAAGCAGGCUUCUUUCCUUUCCCGGAUAAGCUAAUUUCUAGUUACUUAACAUACUAAUUUUAAAGUAACUCAAAGGUGUUUGCAUAUUCAGUCCAUCCAUUAGUGAUUCCUCAAAGGGCACUGUUGUUCAAAGGGUCUCUGAAAGAUGAACUUGGCUGAAAUUUGUGACAAUGCAAAGAAAGGAAGAGAAUAUGCUCUUCUGGGAAAUUAUGACUCAUCAAUGGUGUAUUACCAGGGAGUGAUACAACAGAUUCAGAGACAUUGCCAGUCAGUGAGAGAUCCAGCUAUCAAAGGCAAAUGGCAUCAGGUUCGGCAGGAAUUAUUAGAAGAAUAUGAACAAGUUAAAAGUAUAGUCAGCACUUUAGAAAGUUUUAAAAUUGACAAGCCUCCAGAUUUCCCUGUAUCUUGUCAAGAAGAACCAUUUAGAGAUCCUGCUGUUUGGCCGCCACCUGUUCCUGCAGAACACAGAGCUCCACCUCAAGUCAGGCGUCCCAAUCGAGAAGUAAGACCUCUAAGGAAAGAAAUGGCAGGAAUAGGAGCGCGGGGACCUGUAGGCCGAGCACAUCCAAUAUCGAAGAAUGAAAAACCUUCCACAAGUAGGGACAAGGAUUAUAGAACAAGAGGGAGAGAUGACAAGGGAAGGAAAAAUAUGCAAGAUGGUGUAAGUGAUGGGGAAAUUCCAAAAUUUGAUGGUGCUGGAUAUGAUAAGGAUCUGGUGGAAGCUCUUGAGAGAGACAUUGUAUCCAGGAAUCCUAGCAUUCACUGGGAUGACAUAGCAGAUCUGGAAGAAGCUAAGAAGUUGCUAAGGGAAGCUGUUGUCCUUCCAAUGUGGAUGCCUGACUUUUUCAAAGGGAUUAGAAGACCAUGGAAGGGUGUGCUGAUGGUUGGACCCCCAGGCACUGGUAAGACUAUGCUAGCUAAAGCUGUUGCCACUGAAUGUGGUACAACAUUCUUCAAUGUUUCCUCUUCCACACUGACAUCUAAAUAUAGAGGUGAAUCUGAGAAGUUAGUUCGGCUGUUGUUUGAAAUGGCUAGGUUUUAUGCCCCUACCACAAUCUUCAUUGAUGAAAUAGAUUCCAUCUGUAGUCGAAGAGGAACCUCUGAUGAACAUGAGGCAAGUCGCAGAGUCAAGUCUGAGCUCCUCAUUCAGAUGGAUGGAGUUGGAGGAACUUUAGAAAAUGACGAUCCUUCCAAAAUGGUUAUGGUAUUGGCUGCUACUAAUUUCCCCUGGGACAUUGAUGAAGCUUUGAGAAGGAGAUUAGAAAAAAGGAUAUACAUACCUCUCCCAACAGCAAAAGGAAGAGCUGAACUUCUGAAGAUUAAUCUUCGUGAAGUCGAGUUAGAUCCUGAUAUUCAACUGGAAGACAUAGCAGAGAAGAUUGAGGGCUAUUCUGGUGCUGAUAUAACUAAUGUUUGCAGGGAUGCGUCUUUAAUGGCAAUGAGGCGGCGUAUCAAUGGCUUAAGUCCAGAAGAGAUCCGUGCCCUUUCUAAGGAGGAACUUCAGAUGCCUGUUACCAGAGGAGACUUUGAGUUGGCUCUUAAAAAAAUUGCUAAGUCUGUCUCUGCUGCAGACUUGGAGAAAUAUGAAAAAUGGAUGGUUGAAUUUGGAUCUGCCUGAGUUUUUUGUUAGUGCUUUCAGUUUUGGCAUUUUUGUUUAUAAAAUGUAAGGAAAUUCCUGAAAUUUUUUUAAAACAGGUUUGGAAUUUUUCAUUGGAAAUAUUGAAAAAAAAACACAAAGAAAAAUCUAAAACUACAAUAAAGCUAAAUAUAUAUGAGAAAUGAAAAAGGCUUAUGUAGAGUCUGGGUAGGCAUGGUAGUGUGUGCUUGUAAUUCCAUCUACACAGAUUGGAAGCCAGCCUUGGAUACAUAGUGAGACUAUCUCCAAAAACGUGAAAAGCCCUGAUAGUCUGGUGGUCAUCCUCUUCUUCCAUAUACUCAUGCAUCAGUACUGUAUACUCAAAGCAGUAUAGCAGGGAGGCUUAAGAACCUAGCAGUAUACUAUUUUAGAAACUUGUUUACAAAAGAUUUAGAUGAAUCUGUUUCUCACUUGAAUUUGUUGGCUUUUGUUUGUGUUUUCAAUUCUUUGCUCUGUGAACAUGAGGUCCCUAUGUGUGUUGGUCUUCAACAGCAGACCUGGGUUUGUGUCAAAUUGAUUAAUGGUUAUGAAAAGAAUGACUAAGUUUUGGAGAAAAUAACAAAUUUGCUACUUAAAGCUUUGUAAUUCAAUUCUUACUGAGUCUAACAUAUGGGUAAAAUAGUUACUCUUCCCUUCCUCAUCAUUUCUUCUAUUAGCUAUUUUAUUAUUUCUUCAAGAUUGCAUUAGAAAUUCUUCUUUAUUAUAGACUUCUAAAUCUACUUUCAUUUUUCUUUCAAUAUGCUCGAACAGAUACAGCCAUUAAAUUUUUCAGCUCCAACAUUGAUUUUUGUUGAAUGCAACUUUAUCAUUGGAUACAUACUUCGUCAUUGUAAACAAGUUCACCUUCUGUGGCUAAUGCAAAACAAAAUCUUUAUAGUUUUCCGAACAGCCUAUUUAAUAGAAAUUUGAAAAUUUUUAGCAUUUGUAUACACAGUAAGAUUAAAAUAGAAAUGUGAUGUACUUAGUUCAGCAUGAAUUAGGCAGUAGAAAGGACCCAGGAAAGGUAAAUAGCAUGUAUCUAAUCACAAAUCCUGACACUUUAUAAUUAAAUAUAUUUAUCCUAUUUGAAUUAUUAGGCAUUCUGAGCUUUAAUGAUCAGGUUUUUAAAAAUUUGUAUUUAUUGGCAUCCUGAAUUCUCAAUUUUGGAUAAAAUCAACUAGUUUAAAACUAAAAAAAUACAGCUAAAUAAUACAGCUUAUUCUAUUAAGUAAUGCAGCUUAUUAAAUAAUACGGUCUUUUAGAAUCUUGCUCAAGAGAUUUAAUUAUUUUUCUUUUCUUAUUAAGAUCUGUAGUUGCCUUAUGUUCUUCUCAGAUAAUGUAAUUCUAACUCCAGUAUUCAUCUAAUGCUAUAAAUUGCCCUUUUUCCUUUGAGAGAUUGUAAGACCAGAUUACAAGGCAUCAUGAUUUUAUUGUAAUUGAACUAAUUCAUCUUAGAGAAUUGAAAUGAGCAAAGUUUGUUUAUUCAUAAACUUUUUAAAUAAGUAUUCCCACUAAAGUUAUCUUCAAACUCUUGCCAUCUAGUAAUGUAUUUUUCCCCCAGAUUCUUAGGGAUAAUCAUUAAAGCAUUAGUGUUCGAUUGUUAAAACUUUUCUGUAAUAUUUCAGUUGAUUAGUAGGACUUUUUAAAGUUUUACAAUAUUUAUUUUUGCAUCCAUUCAAUUUUUUUUCUGACUUCUUCAUGGAUAAUGACAUGGUAAUUAUGAUUCUUUCAUUACCAGUUAAGCAGUAUUUGAGAACUCAGGUUUCCUGGAAGCUUAUCAUUACUCUCAUAAGUUAAUCACAUGUGCUUUUUUAUUUCCUUCAUUUCUCAUUUUGUUCUGUCAGUGGAUAGUGAACGCUUUGUAUACCAUAAACCUCCUAAAGAAACUUGAAGAGAUUCCUCAGGUGUUCAUUCUAUCUAAUGUUUAGUAUAUAGCUGUCUUUAUUGCAAAAGACAGUGAGUUGUUUUACCUAGAAUGAGAUAGAAUUAUUUUGUGGUUUUUGUUUUUUUGGAGAGUUUUGUUUUUUUACACUGGAAAAGCAGAUGGAUUAACAAUGUAGAAAUAUUUGGUUCCUUUACUCUGAAAACAUGACUAUUUUGACUUUUAUAGCACAGUGAUUUUCAGAUUAAGUUGUAAGUUGUAUGUGAUUCUUCUUUGCAACUAUCUGAUCAGACAGUCUCUUCACGGACAGACCUGUGGUUCCUUACUGUGUGCAAGAUAUUGGUGAGAGGAGCUGAGUUCCAGUUGGACACUUUGUGUGAUUAUUCUGUGUAACUUCUGGCUUCUGCUGCCAGAUCAAGAGUUUAGGUCAUAUGUAGAGAAGGAUAGGAAUAUGUGUGUGUUGGAAAGAUGAUAGGAAAAGUUUUCUGCAGCUCUUUUCUACUCUUUAGUUUUUAAAUUAAAACAUAUCUAUUUGGUUGAAAAAUAUAAAGCUAUUAUAGAUCUGUUUUAAUGAAGCAAUUUUUAUCAUUUUCCACACCAUAACUACCCCUGUAAUUAUGCUACACAUGUAUACAGGUCCUUUUUAAAAAAAUUAAUAUUGGUGAAAUACACCAAUAAUGAGACAAAUGGAUCUUUAAUGGAGGCUACAACCUUUUAGUCAUCCAAGUAGAAAACAAGAUAGCAUGAUAGCCUUUAUCUUCUCAGUAGCCAUGUAGCCAUUCCAGAAUGACCAAAACCUACUUUAGGCUGUGACACCUGUCUGCAGUAACAUCAAGGCACUAUAGAAGGGGAAACAUACCAUGGGCUAAUUGUAUAGUUAGGGCUUGCUUUGAGCUCCUGAUAUUGCAGCUGUUGUGUUGUGAUAUUUGACUCUCAAAGAUCUCAAAAGAGAGACUGAAAUCACCAUACAAAAAGUAAGCAAGUUGCCAGGGAUUUAGCUCAGUGGUUCCGCCACCUGCCUCACAAGCACAAGGUCCCGAGUUCGAUCUCCGGUACCAAAAAAACAAAACAAAACAAACAGUAAGCAAGCAGGUUAUCUGGUGAAUCUCAUAUAACCACUACACUGAUACCUCAGCGAAGAGUGUGUGUAUACAACCCAAAUUCACUCUUUCACUUUGCUGUAUGUAGCUUGACUUUGUUGGGCAUGAAAUUCUUGAGUUCAUUUGACUUAACUUUCUUGAAGGUAAGUUUCUGUAUAUUCUGAAUCUGUGUUAAGAAUCAUAAAACAAUAGCUAGUUGACAUAGUUACUUAUCUCAUUUCCUUCUCCCCAAAACUUGAGAUAAAGUGAAGAACGAGGCAAGUUAGUUCAUGUUUUGAGUGGGCUUUGGCUCUUUCAGUGUUACCUUGGUUAUUGAGUCUUCUUUUUGCAUAGAUUCCCACUCAUCUUUUUAAAUUCUUAACUACACAUCACCAUAGGGCAUGUUUUGUAUGUUAGAAAUGAAAUGUUAAGGAUAUAUGCUGGCCUUUCCCAGGAAAGACCCAUUUGUUUGAAGAAAAAAAAAAUCAUUAACGAUUUUUUUUUGUAUCUUUGUUAGUUGCUUAACUGUUUUGGUUGUGUAGUAGUUUUACAUACCACUUAAUUUGUGAUGCACAUAAUAUUUAUGUGAAUCCAGGAAUCUGUCACACAGAAAAAAGUCGGAAGAAUUACAGUUAGAGGAUAUGUUAGGGGGAUAAAAAAAUACCUCAAGUGUUUUCCUCUCCUCUCCUCUCCACUAACUAUUUUUUGUAGGAAGAGCUAGAAAGUCUGUUGUUAUUGCUGUAAGUUUGCUUAUUUAUGCUGUUAAAGUAGGCUUUUCAUAUUUAUUUAUUUAUUUUGGACAUUUGUUUUUCAUAUUGUCUCAAUGUGGAAACUACGAGUAUUUAAAGGUCAAAUCUGUUCAAUAAUGGAUA